AGCGCUCUUUUCAUUAGCAAAAACCGGAAAGGAAAAAGAAAAAAAAAACAGAGCUUUCUUUCUCCUCUCACUACUCACGGAAGGACAGACAGACCUAAAUCCCAACCUCACAUUGUAGUUCUCAAUCUGAAGCAGAAGAGUCAAGAAAGCCGGAAGGAGAUGAUGGAGUAUACUGUCACCCAACAGAAUUUUACAGUUGAUGUUCGUACUUUGCAUGGAUGUACAAAGCAAGUUAGUCCUUGUUCUGGCAUUGGACCUUUCUCAAUAUCAAAGUUUUUGAACAAGUAUAAUCAUGAAGCUCAAUAUUGUUUACAGUGGAAAGGAGAUGUUAGUUCCAAAAGAAAUGUGCGUGUUUUACAGCAUAAGGGUUUCCAAAGAAAUGUUUGUAUUGAUAGAGUCGAUGAAGUUAACGUAGAUGAAUGGAGCAUUGGUAAUGAUGAGAUGGGUACUGAGAAAAAAUCUGGAGAGGAAAUAAAUAAAAAGAAGACUCGUACUUCUUUUAUAUUGAAUGUAGAAGGGCGCUUUGUUGGAAAUUCUGAGGAAACCAAUAAUGAUAUUCUUCGAAAAUUUUGCAGCCAUGGGAGGUUAAUCGAUGCAUCAAGGUUAAUUGAGGUCAUGGCACGUCAAAACCAAAUUCCAUACUUCCCUUCUUGCACAAACUUAAUCCGGGGCCUUGUCAAAAUAGAUCGAUUAGAUAAAGCUGCGAAAAUUCUGAAGAUCAUGAUCAUGUCUGGGGGGGUUCCAGAUAUUAUAACUUAUAACAUGAUGGUUGGAGGUCUCUGUAAGAGAGGACAGCUAAGGUCUGCAAUUGAUCUCGUGGAAGACAUGAGCUUGACUGGUUGCCCUCCGGAUGUGAUUACUUACAAUGCAAUUAUUCGCUGCAUGUUUACAUUUGGGAAUUUUGAUCAGGCAAUUGCCUUUUGGAAGGACCAAUUGAGAAAGGGAUGCCCUCCUUAUAUAGUCACCUAUACAGUUCUCAUUGAGCUAGUCUGCAAACACUGUGGAACCAUGCGGGCUGUGGAAGUUUUGGAUGAUAUGGUGGUAGAGGGAUGUUAUCCUGAUAUUAUCACCUACAAUUCUCUGAUUAAUUUUACUUGCAGGCACAAUAAGCUUGAAGAUACUGCUUUGAUUAUACAUAAUCUUCUAUCUCAUGGGUUGAAGCCAAAUGCUAUCACUUACAACACUAUUCUCCAUUCUCUUUGUAGCCGUGGGUGCUGGGAUGAAGUUGAUGAAAUCUUCACAAUAAUGAAUGGAACUUCCGAAUCCCCUACAGUUGUUACUUACAAUAUUUUGAUCAAUGGUUUAUGUAAAUUUGGGCUUUUAGAUCGUGCCAUCAACUUCUUUACUAAAAUGAUUUCUCAAAAUUGUUCGCCUGACAUUAUAACUUAUAACACACUCCUGGGAGCUCUUUGUAGGGAGGGAAUGAUUAAUCAGGGCCUUGAAUUACUUCAUCUUUUAUGUGGCACCAGUCGUUCACCUGGUUUGAUCACUUACAAUACUGUGAUCGAUGGGUUGGCUAAACAGGGUUGUAUGGAGAAAGCAAUGGGAUUGUAUGGUCAAAUGGUAGAAAAUGGAAUCAUUCCUGAUGAAAUUACCCAUCGUUCUUUGGUUGGUGGGUUUUGCGGGGUGAAUCUAGUUGAGGAAGCUGUUCUGAUAUUGAAGGAGAUGCAGAAGAGAGGCCAUCCGGUCCGUAAUAUUUCUUACAAAUUUGUGAUCCAUGGAUUAUGUAGAAACAAGAGAGUUGAUGUUGCAAUACAAGUUCUAGAAAUGAUGAUAUCAAAUCGAUGCAUGCCAGAUGGGGCAAUUUAUUCAACUAUAAUUGAAGGUGUAGCUGCUGCUGGUAUGACAAAAGAGGCUGAUGAGUUGCAUCAGAAGCUGAUCGAAUGGAACAUUUUAAGUGAAGAGGUCAUGUGUUAAAAUAGAUAGGGUUUAUGCAAAAUUUUGACUCACUUUGUUACUUCUUAUGGGCAUCUAGACUAACAUUUCUUUGUUGAAGUUGUAUAGAAUCUGCAAUUUCAUAAGGUGGUUCUCUUAUAAUG